AUGGCCAUAUUCCAGGUGGCGGUUCUCAAAGAUCUACAUUUUAAGUUAUGCUCUUCUCAGGUGUUGGGACAUAAUUUAGCUAAAGGAAAACAGAAAGCACUUAGGGAAAUUCAGGAUAACACUGACCUUACCAUUCUACCAGCGGAUAAGGGUGGGGCGGUUGUCGUCAUGGAUUCCAGUUAUUACUGGGCUGAGGGAAAUAUUCAACUUACUAACCCCCAGCAUUACAUGAGUAUGCUGAUCGAUCCCACCCCCAAUUUCAAACAUGGGAUUGACACAUUUUUAGGAAAAGCGGUAGAUGAAGGUAUCAUCAGUGAAACUGUCAGAAAACCCCUUACGCUUACACACUACGUGAGAAAUGUCAAUUUUACCAACACUGGGGGUGAGAAAGUAUAUUUUCAGGAUAACAGUGAACCUCCUGCAGUGUAUGACUUUGUAAACUGGCAAGAGCUGAUCGAUGGAACUGGCAGGAGUGUUGAAAUUGGAACAUUUGACUUCCGGGCCCCAGCUGGUCAGGAAAUGCACAUCAAUGAGAGCGCCAUCUUGUGGGGCGAAGGAUACCAGCAGACACCACGGUCUGUGUGUACAGAUGGUUGCCAACCAGGGUACCGAAAAGCUAUUCGAAAGGGGCAGCCUGUCUGCUGCUAUGACUGUAUGCCAUGUUCUGAGGGUCAUAUUUCAAACCAAACAGAUGCUAGCUCCUGCCUGCCAUGCCCAAAUGACCAGUGGCCUAAUGAAAGCCUCCAGAUCUGCAUCUCCAAAGCUGUAGAGUUUUUGUCCUUUGAAGAGCCCUUGGGGUCUGCUUUGACUUCUGUUAGCACCAUCUUUUCUGCUGCUGCCAUGUCUGUACUUUGUAUCUUCAUCAAGUAUCGUAACACACCUCUGGUGAAGGCCAAUAACCGGGAACUCAGUUACCUUCUCCUUUCAUCUUUGGUUUUGUGUUUCCUCUGUUCCUUGCUAUUUAUUGGGAAGCCAAAUCCAUGGAAUUGCUUGCUCCGGCAAUUUGCUUUUGGUGUCAUCUUCACUGUUUGUGUUUCCUGCAUACUUGCUAAAACUGUUACUGUGGUUAUUGCUUUCAAUGCUACAAAACCAGGGAGCAAAGCUACAAGGUGGGUGGGAACCAGGAUUCCAAAUGGAAUUUUCAUCUGUUGCACUGCAUUUCAAAUACUGCUGUGUUCUGUCUGGUUAUCUAUCUCCCCACCAUUCCCUGAGGAUAACAGGAAAACAGCAAAGCAGAAAAUUAUCAUUGAGUGCAAUGAGGGAUCAAAGACUGCCUUCUACUGCAUGCUGGGAUACCUGGGCCUUUUAGCAAGUGUGAGUCUAAUUGUUGCUUUCCUUGCAAGGACAUUGCCAGACAGUUUCAAUGAGGCAAAAUACAUCACAUUCAGCAUGUUUGUAUUUAUCAGUGUUUGGCUGUCCUUCAUUCCAGCUUAUCUCAGCACCAGGGGGAAGUACAUGGUUGCUGUGGAGAUUUUUGCUAUCCUGUCUUCAAGUGCAGGUUUACUGAGUUGUAUAUUUUUGCCAAAAUGUUAUAUCAUUCUGAUCAAACCUAAACAGAACACAAAGGAACAUUUAAUUGGGAGAGGAAAUCGUAUCUGA